AUGCCCAACGAGAAAGGAGGCGCAAUCAAGCUUGACUUUACAAAGUACAGCAAGCCCGCCGAUGGGAAGUUGUACAAAGUAGGGGAUACGGAGAGCAUCGUCGUUGCUCAUGGUCUCUUCGGAAGCAAGACCAACUGGCGUAGCAUAGCGAGAAGGAUGGCAGAGCAGUUUGGUGUGGAUGUGUAUACUGUGGAUCUCAGAAAUCACGGCGAUUCAGGACAUGCGGACAGCAUGACAUAUAUGGACCACGCCCGUGACCUGGAAAAUUUCCUGAAUGACCAGGACUUGACGCAGAAUGUGGCUUUGAUCGGUCACUCGAUGGGCGGCAAGGCCGUUCAAACCUUGGCAUUGGACCUCGCAGACUUGCCAUCAUCCAACAACCCCAUAACAUCCCUCAUCUCGGUCGACAUGACACCGGCAAGAGGUGCUCUGAGCCCUGAAUUUGCGAAUUAUCUGCAGGCAAUGAUCGACAUCGACGCCGCGCGGUGUACCAGCAACAAAGAAGCAGACGAAAUGCUGCAGAAAUGGGAGUCCGAUCCAGGCAUUCGCGCUUUCCUCCUAACGAACCUGACACAAAAUCCGGUCGAGCGGAACAUCAAGUCUUUCAGAAUCCCAGUACGCAAGAUGCAGGACCUGUUGCCUAGCCUAGGGGACUUCCCUUUUGACCCUCCAGGAACGGACAAAUCAGGCAAAGGUCAAGUCGAUGGCCAGCAACGGUCUAGCCGAUCGUGGGACGGACAUACUCUAUUCAUCAAAGGUGAAAGGAGCAAGUAUAUCAAUCGCCACAAUAUACCCAUCUGCGAUGCUUUCUUUCCCAAUGCACAGCAUGCUUCUCUCGACACGGGCCACUGGGUGCAGGCUGAGAAGCCAUUGGAAUUUGCGGAGUUGGUGAAGAAUUUCUUGCUCAGAAAGCCGUUGCAAGGAAUAGAAUAG